AUUGCAAAAUGAAGACUGCUUUAAUCUUGCUCUGCAUUUUGGGGAUGGCAAGUGCUUUCUCGAUGAAAAAUUUCCAUAGAAGAAUCAAAGCAGAGGAUUCUGAAGAAAAUGGGGUUUUUAAGUACCGGCCACGCUACUUUCUUUAUAAGCACGCCUACUUUUAUCCUCCUCUGAAACGGUUUCCAGUCCAGGGAGGCAGCGACUCUUCGGAAGAAAAUGGAGACGGCGAUAGUUCGGAGGAGGAGGGGGAGGAAGAGGAGACUUCAAAUGAAGAGGAAAACAACGAAGAUUCUGAGGGGAAUGAAGACCAGGAGGCCGAGGCAGAGAACGCCACACUCUCAGGGGUAACCGCUAGCUACGGGGUAGAGACCACAGCUGACGCUGGAAAGUUGGAGUUAGCUGCGCUCCAGCUACCCAAGAAGGCUGGAGAUGCAGAGGGCAAGGCUCCAAAAAUGAAGGAAAGCGACGAGGAAGAGGAAGAGGAAGAAGAGGAAGAAAACGAGAACGAAGAAGCAGAAGUGGAUGAAAAUGAGCAGGUCGUCAACGGCACCAGCACCAACUCCACGGAGGUGGACGCGGGGAAUGGCCCCAGCGGAGGAGACAACGGAGAAGAAGCCGAGGAGGCAAGUGUCACUGAAGCAGGUGUGGAAGGAGCAACGGCAGGGGCCAGGGAGCUGACCAGUUAUGGCGCCACGACAGCUGUCCUUCUGAACGGGUUUCAGCAGACGACCCCGCCACCCGAAGCCUAUGGGACAACCUCCCCACCAGCCAGAAAGAGCAGCACGGUUGAGUAUGGGGAAGAAUACGAACAAAUAGGCACCGAGUACAACACUGAGUAUGAAACCUAUGACGAGAGCAACGGGGAGCCUCGCGGCGACACUUACCGAGCUUAUGAGGACGAAUACAGCUACUACAAGGGGCGUGGCUAUGAAGGCUACGAGGGUCAGGAUUAUUACUACCACCAGUGAAGGCCCCUCCGGGGAGGACUCCCCAUUCUGUCUUUGCAUCUGGAUACCAUUUUCAAAGCUCAACUCAGGAAGGUGCAAUAUAUACAUAACAGAUGUGCAUUUUAUAGUGUGGAAUGGUGCUACGGUCUCAGAGUGAUUUCCACAAAUGCUUCCGUUUGUAGCGGGCUUUUUUUUUUUUUUUUUUAAUUUUUCCAGGUGCGUCAUUGAAGGGUCAUCGUAAAUCAGGGCUGUUGAUCAAGCAGCACACAGAUCUAUGAGCUGGGACCAGGUGGAAUGCUUUGAGGUUGUUUUUCUAUAGUGUUUGUGCUGUGUGCACCAUUGUUAACCACCCUAACAUACCCUGUACAAGAAGGCUCCGAACGAGAGAUUUAUUAACAACACUGUAUACGAUGUGUGUAGUUCCUUUAUCACACCCCCUACCUAAUACUGUAUUAAGUUUGAUUUUCAUCCUCAUGUACUUUACGUGACUUGUGCACAUGCGUUUUUAUCAUAAAUAAAUAUGCAAUCGUUCACGUGUGUUAUAAUUAAAAAGAAAGGGAGAGCGUUGGAAUGAGUGUGGGUCUAAGGAGCAGGGAACAAUUUGGUUAAAAAGCAACGCUUCUCUCCAUCAGGGUUUAAAACUCAGAGGAUCCGGAAACACUCUUUAUUCAGUACAUCUGAAUGGCUAAGGUUCGACUAAGGAGGGCAGAAUCAGCUGUAUACAGGAGGGAGUAAAUGACUCCUCUUAGAGUUGCCAAAUUUACCAAACAUGAAUACACGGUGUAAGACGCCCACCUCAGCUUGAAUUCCAGAUGAACAAUGACUGGUUUUUAAUACAACCCCUCCCCCACAGAUAAUUUGUCUCUGUGAAACAUUUGGAACAAACUUAUGCUAAAUAAAUGACUUAUUCUUUAUCUAA